AAUGAUUGAGCGGCAUGGCGCCGUGGCUUGGCAUGCGGUCAACCCCGUAACACAAGAUAGGUAAUGAACUCAUGGCCUCAAAACAGGGACCUCGGCGAUCGGGGAAGAUUCCAAGCCAGCACGAGAAGCACCAACCGACAUACCAAAAGUUCUUUGAUUGAAAAGUCUGCCUCUACUAAUUGGUACAAUACAACGCAGUACUUCAAGAUGACGAUCGUCCACGUAGUGCUCUUCAAAUUUCUACCGACAGUUACUCAAGAACAUAAAGAUACAUUCGUACGAGAGCUGAAGAAGCUAAAGACUCUCUCCUGCGUCAAGGAUGGUCGACUUAUCGUAGGCGGGCCGUCCGUCACAGAUCCUAUAGAGAGAAGCAAGGGUUUUGAGUACUGUCUUGUCAGUUAUCAUCAGAACAGAGCAGCUCUCGAUGCUUAUCAAGCCAGUAAAGAGCACCACUGGGUAACAUCGACAUAUAUGUUUCCUUUCAAGGAGGACCUUUGCCGAUUCGAUUUUGACGUUGCGCCUGAAGACGAAUAUAUAUGCGACUUCGGCUCUUUGAUUUCGAAAACGACUGGUAUCGUCAAUAGCGCAUCCGAUGGUGUUAGUUAGUCUACGCAGUCGAGCUGGCCGUGGCGAUUUGUUGCUGCAGAAGGCGUUGGCUUGACUGAAACGCCUACUUUGGUUGUGGUCUUCGCUCAACGUUUGAAUCAUGAUACAAAUAAUAUACAUAUAGUAAUCCCGCUUGAAUGCGAAUAUACAAUAAUGAUAGAA